CAGCUGGGGGAACUCUUCCUCAGAAGCACUUUCCGGUCCGCGACUCCGCCCCCACCGAAGGGGCUCGGCUCCAGGAUUCAAGAUGGAGUCUCUAAGUAGAGCUGGGCAGGAGAUGAGUUUGGCGGCCCUAAAGCAACACGACCCCUACAUCACCAGCAUCGCAGACCUCACGGGCCAGGUCGCUCUGUACACCUUCUGCCCCAAGGCUAACCAGUGGGAGAAGACUGAUAUAGAAGGGACCUUAUUUGUGUAUCGAAGGUCAGCUUCACCUUACCAUGGUUUCACCAUUGUGAAUCGACUGAAUAUGCAUAAUCUAGUUGAACCAGUGAACAAAGAUCUGGAAUUUCAGCUCCAUGAACCAUUUCUUUUGUAUAGAAAUGCAAGCUUGUCAAUAUACAGUAUCUGGUUUUAUGACAAGAAUGACUGUCACCGCAUAGCAAAACUCAUGGCUGAUGUGGUAGAAGAGGAGACUCGGCGAUCCCAACAAGCUGCUCGGGAUAAACAGAGUCCCAGCCAGGCCAAUGGCUGCAGUGACCACAGACCCAUCGACAUCCUGGAGAUGCUGAGCAGAGCCAAGGACGAGUAUGAGAGGAACCAGAUGGGUGACUCCAACUUCUCCAGCCCUGGAUUGCCACCAGGCCCUCAGCUCUCCAAUCUGGGAAGCACCGAGACUCUGGAAGAGACACCCUCCGGGUCACAAGAUAAGUCGGCUCCAUCUGGCCACAAACAUCUGACAGUGGAAGAGCUAUUUGGAACUUCUUUGCCAAAGGAACAGCCAGCAGUCAUGGGUCUGGAUUCAGAAGUGGAGAAGCUGCCAGGAGAGACCUCCCAGAAAGAACCCAGCCCCUUCCUACCAUUCUCCUUCGAGCAAUCAGGAGGGGGGCUUCCAUCAGAAAACCUGGGUGUCCAUUCUGCUGCCCACCACUUAGUCCAACCUGAAGUCCCUACCCAGGUGCUCAUCACCCCUGCCUCCAUCUCACACUCCAGUGAAAAGCAUGCCCCCAGCUACACAAUCCCGUUGAGCCCCGUUCUCAGCCCCACUCUGCCUGCCGACACCCCUGCUGCCCAGAUUCCCCCCAGCCUGUCUCAGAACAACACUAUGAUACAGGCAGUGAAAACCACACCCAGACAGAGGUCUCCACUGCUGAACCAGCCUGUCCCUGAGCUAAGCCACCCCUGUCUGAUUGCCAGCCAGAGUCCUUUCAAGGCCCCAAUGAGCAUGACGAACCCAGCUGGCACAUCCCUCCCAAGUGUUGACCUUCUGCAGAAACUCAGGUUGACCUCACAGCAUGACCAAAUACAGACACAGCCACUUGGGAAAGGUGCAGUGGCGCCCAGCCUGUCCUCAGCAGCUGGCCAGCUGGCCACACCUGAGAGCUUCAUAGAGCCCCCCUCUAAGACAGCAGCAGUGAGAGCAGCGGCCUCAGCUUCCCUGAGCAACAUGGUGCUUGCUCCCCUUCAGUCUAUGCAACAAAACCAGGAUCCUGAAGUCUUUGCCCAGGUGAAGGUGUUAUCCAGUGCCAUCCCGGUUGCAGGCUCCCCACUCAUUACUGCAACAACCACGGCAGUAUCUUCAGUCCUGCUGUCCCCAAGUGUUUUCCAGCAGACGGUUCCAAGGUCCGUAGAGCUUGAGAGGAAAGCCAGCUCCCCUUCUCCUCUCACUGUUGGAGCAACAGAAAACACGAGGAAGCCUUCCAUUAUUCUCAGCAGGGCUCAGCUGCAGGAUACACUAAUUCAUCUGAUCAAGAACGAUUCCAGCUUCCUCAGUACACUUCAUGAGGUCUACUUGCAGGUUCUGACCAAGAACAAAGACAACCACACCCUUUGACCAGAGCGGAACGAGUCUGAAGGCAGUGUCAACCUCAAAAAACCAGUAGGCUGCAUCCUGCAAAGUUCUCAACAGAACAUGGAAUUUUGAGAAUCCUGAAAUUGAGCCUAUGAGAAGAAGACUCAUCUCUUCAGAAUGUUUUCCAAAGGACGUGCUCAGUGGUAAUGGAGGCUUCACUCUGAAGCAUCACCAGCAGACCUUUGUUUUG